AGUUAAAUCAUUCUGGUGGCCAAACAGCCCCUUACUCCAUGGCGACGGCGGAGGUGUGGAAGAAACCCUCGCCGGGUCGAGGAGGUGUCUCGCUGCCGCCGGGAAUAACCGAGGAGGAGGCACGCGUGCGCGCCAUUGCAGAAAUUGUCUCCUCCAUGGCAGAGCUCUCUCGCCGAGGUGAGAAGGUAGACCUUAAUGCGCUUAAAUCGGCGGCUUGCCGCAAGUACGGCCUUUCUCGAGCUCCAAAGCUUGUCGAGAUGAUCGCCGCCGUCCCGGAAGCGGACCGCGAUGCCCUUCUCCCCAAGCUUCGGGCCAAGCCCGUUCGCACUGCUUCAGGUAUUGCCGUCGUGGCUGUAAUGUCGAAGCCUCACCGAUGCCCUCACAUCGCCACCACGGGCAAUAUCUGCGUGUACUGCCCUGGAGGUCCGGACUCCGAUUUUGAGUACAGUACUCAGUCCUACACCGGUUACGAGCCCACCAGCAUGAGAGCCAUCCGUGCUAGAUACAACCCAUAUGUCCAAGCUAGAAGUAGAAUAGAUCAGCUCAGGAGGCUGGGUCAUAGUGUGGACAAGGUGGAGUUCAUUUUGAUGGGGGGAACCUUUAUGUCUUUGCCUGCAGACUAUCGUGAUUAUUUUAUUAGAAAUCUCCAUGAUGCUCUGUCUGGGCAUACAUCCAUGAACGUCGAGGAAGCAAUCAGCUAUUCGGAGCAUAGUGCUAUCAAAUGUAUUGGCAUGACAAUUGAAACAAGACCUGAUUACUGCUUGGGACCUCAUUUGCGUCAGAUGCUUUCUUAUGGUUGCACUCGGUUGGAGAUAGGAGUUCAAAGCACAUAUGAAGAUGUUGCUCGUGACACUAAUAGAGGCCAUACGGUCACUGCUGUGGCUGAUUGCUUCUGCUUAGCGAAGGAUGCUGGGUUUAAGGUUGUUGCACACAUGAUGCCUGAUCUACCAAAUGUUGGCAUUGAGAGAGAUUUAGAAAGUUUCCGUGAAUUCUUUGAGAGCCCAGCUUUUAGGGCAGAUGGUCUCAAAAUUUACCCAACACUCGUAAUUCGUGGUACUGGUCUUUAUGAACUUUGGAAAACUGGCAGGUAUCGGAAUUACCCACCAGAGCUUCUUGUGGAUGUAAUUGCAAGGAUUUUGGCCAUGGUACCACCAUGGACCCGCGUCUACAGAGUUCAAAGAGAUAUUCCCAUGCCAUUAGUUACUUCUGGAGUUGAGAAGGGAAACCUCCGUGAACUUGCUUUGGCUCGAAUGGAAGAUUUGGGCUUAAAAUGUCGUGAUGUUAGAACACGUGAAGCUGGAAUUCAGGACAUUCAUCACAAAAUCAAACCAGAGGAAGUAGAACUUGUGCGGCGAGAUUAUUCUGCAAAUGAGGGUUGGGAGACUUUUCUUUCAUAUGAAGAUACAAGACAGGAUAUCCUCGUUGGUUUAUUACGGCUGCGUAAAUGUGGUCGUAAUACCACAUGCGAUGAAUUGAAGAACAUACGGUGUUCUAUUGUUCGUGAGCUUCAUGUCUACGGAACUGCAGUUCCAGUGCAUGGACGUGAUGCUGAUAAGCUGCAGCACCAGGGCUACGGAACACUUCUCAUGGAAGAAGCAGAGAGGAUUGCUCGGAGGGAGCAUAGAUCAUCAAAAAUAGCUGUAAUUUCUGGUGUUGGCACUCGCCAUUAUUACAGGAAACUCGGUUAUGAGCUUGAAGGCCCUUAUAUGGUUAAAUAUUUGGGGCUCUAACACUUGGUGCUGAAUUCUUCUACUUUUUCAGAAUAGGUUUUGUGUUAUGUGCUUUUCCUCUUCUCAUACAUUGUUUAAUAUGUACAUUUUUAUUUACUUGAAAUUUCUUAUUCUUAAAUGCAAUUUUAUGUGAAUGUUCCAAUACUCUCAUCACUAGUUUGAAUGGAUCGAUGUUGUUGUUAAA